AUGAUAGAAGAGGCGCCGUGGAGGAAGGAGUUUGAGAGGAAUUUAGAAAAAAUGGAGAGGAAGGAGUUUGUGUUCUGUUCGUUGGGGGAGGGGGAGAAAGGGAGUCCAACCCCCUACCUCCCCCGAGCCCGCUACUGCAUCCACCGCGCCUUCUGGACCGAACUCCCCAGUUCAAACACCCACAACCCCGCCCCCAAAAACCCUGUAGUCUACGCCUCCGACAUGCCCACCUUCACCACCGACGUCCGGAUGUCGAAAACUUUCGAAAUCUUCAACACAUCUCCAUACCAAGGACAAGGACAAAAAGUCGAUCAGAAAGGUUCCGGCGGUGGAGGACCUUGUGAGGCUGUGUAUUGGGCGAAGGAGACGAUGACGCAGUGGAGGUUUAAAGGUGAGGCGUUUUUUCUGGCGCGGGAUUUUGAGGAUGAGCAGGAGUCGGAGGGGACGAGGAUGGUGAAGAGGGAGUUGGGGAAGAGGAUGAGGGUUGUUAGGGAGGAGGGGGUGGAGGAGUGGAGUUGGGGGAGGGAGGUGACGGGGCAUUUUGGGAAUGUUUCGCCGGGGAUGAGAGGUACCUUCCAAGCACCGCCUCCUGGACAGCCGGUCGACAAGCCAUAUGAUGACAAGAAGCUGAAACUCGGCGAGAAAAUCGAGGACCUGAAUCAUCCCGUCGCGAGGGAGAAUUUCCGUGUAGUUGUCAUCAGACCAGACGAGGUGGAAUCCGUGGAUCUUUCCGAUCCAAAGAAGUCAAGAAGACAAGUCUACAAGGUAUGUACAAGCGCCGUGGGCCCGAAUGUCAGAUGCGGGUGGAGGUGCUUUUUGACGUUGAAACUAAGCUUCGUACUGACAUGUUCCAGUUUAAUGCUCAUGAUGGAUCAUGGUCGCAUGAAGAGUGCUGGCCUUAAUUUUCCCCUGGUCUGA